AUGGCGUCACAUGUGAGAGCGGAAUCCGAGGGCGGCCCCGGGCGAAGAAUGGUCGUGGAUAAGGCAAUUAACCGGUUGAACGAGGUGGAAGAGAAGGAACCUGAGCCCGAGUUCGGAGACGUGAUCAAGAACGUCACGGUAGCGCUCGGUCGUGAGGCAGUGCUCUCCUGUAUCGUCGACAACCUCGGGACCUACAGGGUGGGCUGGAUGAGAGCAGACACGCAGACGAUCCUGAGCCUGCACAAACGAGUCGUCACACACAACAACAGGAUAUCGGUGACUCACGACGAACCCAGGACCUGGAACCUGCACAUCAGGAUGGUGAGGGAAUCCGACCGAGGCUGUUACAUGUGCCAGAUUAACACGGCUCUUAUGAAGAAGACCCUCGGCUGCAUCGAUGUGCAUGUUCCGCCGAACAUCAUCGACAACGAGACGUCGAGCGACGUGACGGUGCCCGACGGCGAGAGCGUGACGCUGGUGUGCGCCGCCCGUGGUUACCCGCAGCCCAAGAUCGAGUGGAAGAGAGAAGACAAAGAAAAAAUAGUUCUCCGAACAGGGCGGAAGGAGAGAAUGAAGAUGGAGGUCGUGGAGGGCGCUUACCUCAACCUCACCCGAGUCAACCGCCGCCAGAUGGGAGCCUACCUGUGCAUCGCCAAGAAUGAGGUCCCGCCAGCUGUCAUGAAGCGCAUUAUUGUCAACGUCUCGUUCGAGCCGACCAUCCAAGUACCCAAUCAGCUGGUCGGGUCGCCGCUGGGGUCAGACCUCGCGCUGUCGUGCAAGGUCGAGGCAUACCCCAAACCCAUCACUUUCUGGCGCAAGAACAACGAAAUAAUGAUCUUAGAUGGGCCCAAGUACAAAGUCCUGGAGUCCCACCGCUCGUACCACACCAACAUGACGCUGGUGAUUCGCGACCUGCAGAAGGACGACAUCGGGACCUACACCUGCAUGGCCAGGAACUCCAUCAACCAGGCAGAGGGCCAGAUCAGGACAUACAAGAUCGACCCCCCGGCGACGCACAGGCCCACCACGGACAAGGGGCCUCGAGGGGGGGACUCCCUCUCCCCCGCCAUCGAUCACAGUGCCAAAUCCUCUGGUUUACACAAGAACCGCGCCGAAGACAGCUACACGUACCAGGUCCCGGUGGACACCUCGCACACGCCCUAUAGCAAAGGCAAGCUCAAGGACCUGCAGCUGUACAACCAGGAGAACUCUGGUCACGGGCGGAAGAAGCCUCGUAAACCAGACAGGAGUUCUGCGUCUUCGAUGAUGACGUCACAAAGCAUCUGGGCCCUCGGUCUGUCUUACCUCGCGCUUCUCCAUCAUGCUCACUUGCUUUGAAUGGUUAUUCCCUCGCUAGCAUACCUCCCUCUAGGUUAAUCAAUCUCCAUGUUAUCUGUGUGUGAAUGAUCUCGUGAAGUGUUCCUAUCGUCGACGGACGACGAUCAGAAGACGAGGCCAUGGUCAGCCCGCCGACUCGAACAAGUUGUUCCCAAGUCUGUACCUCAACUAGUUUGUAAAGUCUCGAAGUGUUUUUGGAUCGAAUGACGCUUUCAUGAAAAUCCUCCAUUUCCUAUUAUUUUCUACCGUGAUGAAACACUUCCCUGCGCUAUUGUAUGUUUGCGUUCAGCGGCUGAUACUUUUAUUAGCAUGUAGCGGAUGGAUAACUGCUUUCACUGUUCGUCAGUCUGGAUCCAUGUAAAUACUAUCACAUUUAAAGGGAUGUGGCUCCAGCUUGCGGGACUAGACCUUACCAUUGUAAGGGUUUUUACCCCGUGUUAUGCGUCCCUCAUAAAAGUAAAUAAUAAAGACUGUAUGAGGAAUCCUACCAUUGACUUAGUCUUAAGAAGGACAUUUACAGCUGCUUCUGAUACCGAUAGAAAGCCAAAACAAGUUUCCAUCCGUCUCUUCCAUUCCCAGCGAAUGGUGCAUGUCAAAGAUACAAACCGCCGAGUGUUUCUGAGGGAAAAGAAGGGGAAUCUCUACACCAGAGUCCUCAUAAAAGUGCCGCCAAAACGUACUGCUCACGACUCCGCCUGUGCCCCAGCAACAUUACUAUCUUUCCGGAAUGUGACGCAAUCAGUGUGACUGAUCUCGCACCUGGACAUCAGAGCAGCAGUCAGUGGACUCUCAGUAUGAGUUUGGUAUUUUAAAAAUGCACGGGAGGUGCUUCAGGUGCGUCUGUGACAUUUGAAAAUCGCACCUUGUAAGACACUCGGCUCAAGAUUGUGACCAGAAUACCGCGUCUCUGCUCCAUAAUUUCCCAUAAAAUUACGCCAGGAACAAUUUAUUUCAAUAAUCUAUUUUAUUUUCUUGAUAGAGGUGUAUCAUUUCUUAUCAUAUGGACCAAAAAGAAAAAAAGAAAAAAAGAGAAAAAAAAUGUUAUAUUAGAAAAUGAUUCGUGUGAUACGAGUUUGUUUGGUCCAAACUCCUUGUACUUUUCUGCAAAUGAUCUCGGGCUACUUUAGCACCGCGCGCUUCCAUCAAGGCCAAAUAGUAACACAGGUAAUGUGAAACCAAGAUGAGAAGGAUUUAAUGAUUCACAGACUCAUAACCAGAAAAAAAAAGCAAAGUCGGUCUCCUCAGCACACGUCAUUCUACGCAGCAGAAGUGACAAUCCUCGCAAUUCUGAAAAGUCUGAGACUGGCUGAACUACAAAUCCUUUCAUGACUUUGCUAACAGGAUGGAAAAGUCUGUAUACUUGGUGCGUUUUCGGUUCCUUUUCUCCUUUUCAGUUCAUUUAGAAAGUGAAUAGUAAAAUUAUCCUGUUGAGCUUCUGUUCUCUCUCUCUCUC